AUGUUGGAAGUGAUACUGCAAUUUUCUCUGGAGCUUCUUGUCCGGAUUCCUUCAAGGUAUACAGUGUUCUGUUGUGUUAUAGAAGAAGCAAAAUCUGGGUCUGAGAAUGUCAAGAAAGGCCCUGCAACUUGUUUCAGGUCUAAGAAAUACGAGCCAGGGAGGGACCGCGGCGGCGAGAGUGAAAGAGGAAACUGCAGAAGAGGAAGCUCUGCCGCCGCAGCCAGUCUGGAGGACAUCAAGAAAAUUUUCGAGUUCAAGGAGACCCUCGGAACUGGGGCAUUUUCUGAAGUGGUUUUAGCCGAAGAGAAAGCAACUGGAAAGCUCUUUGCGGUGAAGUGCAUUCCUAAGAAGGCGCUGAAGGGCAAAGAAAGCAGCAUAGAGAAUGAGAUAGCCGUGCUCAGAAAGAUUAAGCAUGAAAAUAUUGUUGCCCUGGAAGACAUUUAUGAAAGCCCAAAUCACUUGUACUUGGUCAUGCAACUUGUGUCCGGUGGAGAGUUGUUUGAUCGAAUAGUGGAGAAGGGAUUUUACACAGAGAAAGAUGCUAGCACUCUGAUCCGCCAGGUCUUGGAUGCUGUCUACUAUCUCCAUAGAAUGGGCAUCGUCCACAGGGACCUCAAGCCUGAAAAUCUCUUGUACUACAGUCAAGAUGAGGAGUCCAAAAUAAUGAUCAGUGACUUUGGAUUGUCAAAGAUGGAGGGCAAAGGAGACGUGAUGUCCACGGCCUGUGGGACCCCCGGCUAUGUUGCUCCCGAGGUCCUCGCCCAGAAACCUUACAGCAAAGCUGUUGACUGCUGGUCCAUCGGGGUGAUUGCCUAUAUCUUGCUCUGUGGCUACCCUCCCUUUUAUGAUGAAAAUGACUCCAAGCUCUUUGAACAGAUCCUCAAGGCAGAGUAUGAGUUCGACUCCCCCUACUGGGAUGACAUCUCUGACUCUGCAAAAGACUUCAUUCGGAAUCUGAUGGAGAAAGAUCCAAACAAAAGAUACACAUGUGAGCAGGCAGCUCGGCACCCAUGGAUCGCAGGGGACACGGCCCUCAACAAGAACAUCCACGAGUCCGUCAGUGCCCAGAUCCGGAAGAACUUCGCCAAGAGCAAAUGGAGACAAGCGUUUAAUGCCACCGCCGUUGUGAGGCAUAUGAGAAGACUCCAUCUUGGCAGCAGCCUGGACAGUUCAAAUGCAGGCAGCCUCAGCUUGGCCGGCCAAAAUGAUUGUCUGGCACCCUCCACGCUCUGUAGUUUCAUUUCCUCUUCAUCAGGGGUCCCUGGAGUGGGAGCCGAGCGGAGACCGAGGCCCACCACUGUGACGACUGUGCACUCUGGAAGCAAGUGACUGGCUCUGGAUGUGGGGCCCAGGGGCGAGGCCUCGGGCAGAGCCAGGGAAGGGGUCCCCAGGGCCACCAGUGCCACCAGCCACCCCAGAGUGACCCCACCUUGCAUGGUGCGCCUACCUGCACAGGACUGGAAGACAGAAGUUUUUUAUGGCCAUAUUUUAUACUGCAAUUCUGAAGUGUUCAUUUCUCACAAACUGUACUGACUCAAGGGAGCUGAUUUAACAGGACCUGGUGCUGUAUAUAUGAAUCUUGCAAAGCUCUAAUGGAUGGACUCUCUUUGUCCUCUCCCCAACUUUCAUCAUUUCUGCUCUUCUCACUAUAGGUAACCGUCUAUGUUGUAUUUUUCAUUAAUGACAUAAAAGGUUUCAACUGGAUUAUUUAAGUAUUGGUAAAUAUUGUGCAUUAGGGUUUUUUUUCCUUUUAAGAUAUAUGUCCUUGCAAUCUAUACUUAGUUACAUGACCUAUAUCGUUUGCUUGUUGGUAGUGAAGUUUUAUGUUAACCAUUAGGAGAUUUUUUUUCCCCUCCAAGGCGAAUUUCAAGGGAUUUUUAAAAUUUAUAAGAAGAGGAUCAAGAAUCUGUCUCCAAAGUGAAGAGUGCACUUUACUUCUCCUCCUUCUCUCUGUCCUUCCCUGGACAGCUGAGCAGCGCCGCGGGGCUGGCUUCUCCGGCCACUUGGGGAAGGCCCUGCAGAUCCCUUUCCUGGCGGCUCCUCCAGCAAACCCCCGCCAACCAGAGACACUAGUGGCCUCGUGCCCCCAGCGCUCAGACAGUAAGAAGGCUGCUCCCCUGAGACUGAAACUUUAGAGGCGAGACUUGCUGUGAAGGAGAUGCCCACCCAGCAGAUGGUUAAGGACCUUUCUCACAAAAGGAACAAGAUGCCAUUUUGUUUAAAGUGAACUUUCCACGCUGCUCUCAUUUCUCAUGGGGGUAAUGCCUGGAAGCUCUGCUCUCAGCUAUGCAGUUUUCAAACUAAUCGCUCUUUCUCUCUUUUUUAAAAAAAUGCAUUUCUAAUCUUACACUUACAAUGACCUCCAACUCACAUAAGUUGUUUCGCACAUUUUUACCCUGUUCUUUAUGAAUAUUACCUGGAGGAGGGGAGGGCAGUGGCUUUGGAAAAGAAUUUAUCUGGGGUGGUAAAGAGAGGUGAACUGCCAAGCAAGCAGGACACAGCUGCAGUGAUGGCCAGAGACGGUCCAGCCAGGCUCAGCUGGCACUGAAGCUGUCCCUCUGACCAGGGCUGUCUGAAAACCAAAGACCUGUGAUGGGGGUGGGGGACUGAAGGAUUUCCCAGGGUGUAGGACUUGCAGAGCUAUAACUGGCAAUGACCCUGGCAAACUGGGCCAUGUCAUUCACCCACGUGGUGGACGGGUGUGCAAGAUAAAGCAAGCACAGGGUGAAAUCCAGGGCAAACCGCUUUUCAAGGAGACUUCAAGGAUGCUGUCUUGUAGAGGCAAGCAGGUGGCUCCAAAUGCCAGCUUUGCAAAAGCCCUCCCUCGAUGGUCAGGCAACGCCAUGAGUCUGCAUUCUGCACAGACAGCUUAAGCUCAUCGUGUGUCCCUGUAGGUCUGCUGAUGGUCCAACGACUUUCCUAGCUGUUGUCCUCAAGCUCUGCUCCUGCUAUUGGCCAGACUUGGCAGGUCCUGUUGGUCAAACCAUCUUCAUCACUUCCACAACCUUGCCUAUGUCCAGGCCAAAUGUUUAGCAAUAGCCUCCCCAACACACACACACACACAGACACACACACACACACAUGCACGCACGCAUGCACGCACGCACGCACGCACACACACAGUAUUCGAUUUAGAGCUCCAUUCUGCCUCCUUUAGGAUGGCAGAGCAGGUAUGCAUAAGAGCAGCUGGAAAGACAGGCAGCUGGUCUACCCUGUUUUCAUAUACCUCAUAGGCACUCAGCCCCUGGGCAGGAAUCCCAUUUGGCAUCUGUCACACAUGCAACCAGAGUAAAAUCAGACUAUCACUCUUCAAAAUCUGUAAAAAGCCUGGAAAACAACAAAAUGACAACAGAGCCAGUUAAGAAAUAAGUGUCAACUGAGUGAGAUAUGCAGCCACCCAAAUUGAUGCAUUUGCCCAAGUUGUUGCCAGUUAGCACUGUGAGUCCUCACCUUCAGAAGGGCGAUAGCAUGAGUCUUGUAAAGAGAAUCUGAGGAAACGGAGGCAUCUCUCCAGGAGGCUUGGUAGGAUGUUGCUUAUUAAUAAGCGUAAUGGAACAUUUAAGUUUCUACAGUGUAAGAAAACAAUCAGCAUCAUAGGGAGUGAAAAUUUGCCUAAAGUUUUGAAUCCUUGUGUCCACUGUCCCCUGCAGGUCUGGCACCCUCCACGCCAUGCCGGCUCAUAGCGUAGUGUCCUAGGAACUGAGCAGUCAGGCUUGGAGCAAAAGAAGACAAUUUUGGUUAAACAGGCCUGGCGCUGGCACUUAGAAAGCAAAUUCUGUUAUUGGUGAUUACAUUGUUUUCUGGAGCUAAUGUGUGGGGUGCAUGUGUAUUCAAUUAGCUUGAAAGUAUGUCUUACCUGAGAAGUGUGGAGCAGCUGAAAGAUGGGCCCUGCUGCAGCUGUCCUCCUGUGGUUUGGGUCAGCUCUCGGCCACGCUGGCCUGUAAUAGUCAGGUCUCAGUCAAUACAGUGCAGGGGACGGGGACUGGUUUUAGCCCAAAGCUUGACCUUGACAUCAGGCAAGUCCGUACUGUCUCAAUGCCACCAGACUUGGGUAAUUUCCUGUUGUUUUAUGAAGAGGAGAAAGUAACUACCAUGUGGAAGAACUAUUGGUCUUUUGAGAGAGCCUGAGUGGCCAAAGGCUAGCGGUUCUUCAGCUGUAUUUGGGAUUGUUUAUGCUUCGUCACAACACAGGAAGAGAACCCGGAAUGUGCCUUUUGUUAAGACCUGCCGAGUAGGUGGCAGAGUCAGAUUUCACCAAGAGUAGCUGAGCAUUUCCUAUGUGCACUGGCUGGUACUCGCCCGGGAGCCAGUGUGUGUGGUGAGGCUAAGGGUGGACCUCUGGCCCCAUCACAGGCUGCCUUCCAUUUGGUCUCCUCACCUUCUUAGAGCAAGUGGAUUUCUUCUCACCUGAACAUUACAUUUGAAAUAGUGUCCUUGAGUGAUUUUUCCCUUAACUGCCUGUCUGUGCCUCCCUCGCUUUCCUGGCCUUCAUCUCACUGUUGAGACCAUAGAGAAGCUAGCAUGUGCCUGAAACAGCGAGCACCUGCUCACUCGCAGGUCACAGGCAGACCUGCAGCGUAUCCCUCCUAACCAGGUCUCUGGGGUCCGGACUGCUCACUGUGCUCCCUCAGCGAGCACACAGGGCUGGGCGUCGGGUUGGCAUGAGGCAGAGGCAGCUGGAGCUGAGAGGGGCAGGGCCUACCCACAUGAAGUGCGCACAAACCACAAACGCUCUUGAGAAAAGAUGCCAGAUGGAGCAAUAGCAGUGCCAGGGCUGCUCAUGGCAGUUUCACCACCUCCUGCUGCCCUUGGCUCCGCAGGAGAAUAGAAAGGAUUGUCCCCUUCAUGUUCCCUUAAAGAAAACUAUGCAGCGUGCCCUAAGGGCAGGCAUGGCUCUGCGUUCUUGACUAUGGCAGUGGUUCCAGUCACUUCUGAAAUCUCACCCCAAGAAUGGAGCAGCGCACACACACACACACACACACACACACACACACACACACACGGGCUUGACCUUUGACAGGAUCCCACUCUCCAGGAGCUCUUAACGUAGUGUCCUAGGAACUAGGCAGUCCGGCUUGGAGCAAAAGAAGACACCUUCGGCCCAAUAGUCCAGGCGCUGGCACUUAGGAAGGAUGAGCCAUCUGAUGGAAGGGAUUAGACUCAGUUUACCUGUCCAGCACUAAUCCCAUCCUGUUCACUUGUCUACCUUGGUGUCCAGCAGGUCCUGGAUGGAUUGUGGGAGGGAGAGGGGGACUCCCCUUUAGAAUGAAGGCCAAGGACACCAGAGACAAAGAAAGAAAGCCCAAGGGACCCUCCUGAAAGGAGGCUGACCCUCUCUCUCAGGAGUAGCAGCUCAAUCUGAUUAACCCACUGGGGUUCGUGAGGUUUGACAUUUCAUGAGCAGUUUUGAACAGAAAGGAAAAACCGUGUCCCAGUGGAGACAACUCAGUAUUGUUAAGGCUUUGCACUAUGGCUCUGUUACCCACCUAAGCCUUGACCACUACCGAUUUCACACUAGGGAAGCCAUACAGAACCAUCGUCAUCGCUCCAGGGCUGGAGACAGGAGCGCUGGGCCACGCCUUUGCGAUCUUGCCAGCAACCGCCCUACUUUAUGGGACUUCACAGCGCACUGCGGGGUUCCUUUGGAAAUGAGAAAGGGAAGCAAGAGCUGGCAAAGGGCAGCUCCUCCGCUUCCCCGAAGAGAAAUGAGACGCACUCUUUCCCAGGGCCGCACAGUCACUUCUGGCAAACGAAACCAAGGUCCUCUGAUAACCAGUGCACGGAGCCUCUGCACGUCCCCGAAGCAAUGCCACGCCCCGUUCUGUCUGCUCACACUCGCAGUUUGCCUUUUCCUCAACACAUUCCAGACCAAACACUGUCUAGUUUGUCUCCAAAAUAAAUGUGUAGGAACCCACCAUGCUUUUGGGGGCACCUGAUCCUACUUGGGAGCUUCAAGUGUACCUGACAUUUGCCAAAAAAUGUGUUCCAAUCCUUUGGUUUUCAGAAUUGAAAAUGUUAAGAUAGAAAUGGUGAACAGGGCAAACAGAUUCCUAAAAGGAGGGACACUUAUUUCCUGAACAUGCAAGAAAACUAGUCUGUAGAUGAGUUCGCUACUGUGAACAGCAGACAGGGAGGAGAAAGAGGAAGGUAGUGGCCCACAGCCCCUUCCGGCCCAAACCUUCAUUGUGGUCCCCGUGCCUCAUGAUCUGCCACCAGGAGUGGGCACAGUGGCCUCGCCCCACUGUGAGGACGGCCCUGCAUGCCAGCCAAGGCCUGGCCCACCACCUGCAGCGGGAGCAGCUCAGCUUGGGGCUCUGGGGCCCCACUUCUACUAACCCAAAGGCUGUGCAUUUGGCAGCCAAACCCACAGCAUGAGGCUGCCACGUCUGACUUUGUGGACAAAGCGUGGAAUGGCUUAUUUGUAUCUUUCUACACCAAAGGGACAAACUGUUGCAUUCAUUCUUUGUACUAAAGCCGCUUCUGCAUUUGCUAUAUCUGUUUUUAACCCUUUGGUCUCCAGGGAACUUCUACGAUGAUUAUGUAUUCUGCUUAUUUACUGAAUUAUUUUAGUUAGAGGUGAUUUUAUUUUCUUAUGGACAGGAAAAAAGAAAACAAGAGGAGUGUUUGAGGUUUCAGUCACAGCGGUAAGAUGUCACCAGGAGCUCAAAAGCCCCAAACACCAGAUAAAUUACUUCUCAAAGGAAAACUUUAACCUGGACAGACAGGUUCCUGGCCCUCAUGGCAGGCCUGCACUUUGGGGAACUGGGUGCUGGGACAGAGGAUGGGGGAGAGAGAGACAGAGACAGAGAGGGAGGUUUGUACUCUCCUUCCCAGGGCAUUUGGCCUCAGAAUGGAGUGAAAUGCUGUCCAAAUGGCAACAGAAAUGGUUAGUUUUCAAAGGCGGGGCCACAUGUUUCAGAGAGCAUUUAUCUCAGUCCCACGCUCAGGUUGGAAAACAUAACAUGUACAUUCUGUCCAGAAUCGAAUUUGGGACAAUUUUUCAAUUGGCUUUAGUCAUUACACACGCCCUUCUUGCAGCUCUCUCAGCACUGAGCAUGUUUUCCAAAAGGAAUGUCCCCAUGUCUAUUAUUACCAGGCCUGCAACUGGUUCCAUUUUCCCAUGAAAACAUCCUUGUCCAAAAGAAGGGAAACUGUGCAUUUAUUCCAUGCAUGUAAUAAACUCUGCAAGAAGUUUAGCCCUCAUAGGUUUGCGGCUCUGCAAAAUUGUGAAUGGGCAAUGUAGCAAAUGAUGUUCUGCCUUGACAAUCAUGUACACAUAUCAAGAUUUCUGUCAUAAUGAUAAUGAGACUGAUGGCUUCUUGUUUUCCUCCAAUAAAGACAGUUUAAUCACCUUCA